AUGAAGUGCAACAUCGCCAACCCGAGCACCGGGUGCCAGAAGAAGCUUGAGAUAGAUGAUGACCAGAAGCUGCGCCUCUUUUUUGACAAAAGGAUCUCCCAGGAGGUCAAUGGUGAUGCUCUGGGCGAGGAGUUCAAGGGUUACGUUUUCAAGAUCAUGGGGGGUUGUGACAAGCAAGGCUUUCCCAUGAAGCAAGGAGUGCUAACUUCUGGCCGUGUUCGCCUUCUGCUACACAGGGGCACUCCAUGCUUCCGUGGUUAUGGUAGGCGUGAUGGUGAGCGCAGGCGGAAGUCUGUCCGUGGUUGCAUUGUCAGCCAAGACCUCUCUGUUAUCAACUUGGUGAUUGUCAAGAAGGGUGAGAAUGAUCUGCCUGGUCUGACCGACACUGAGAAACCCAGGAUGAGGGGACCCAAGAGGGCCUCCAAGAUCAGGAUGAAGCUGUUCAACCUGGCGAAGGAUGAUGAUGUCCGCAAGUAUGUAAACACAUACGACAGGACAUUCACUACCAAGAAUGGCAAGAAGGUGAGCAAGGCUCCUAAGAUCCAGCGUCUGGUGACCCCCUUGACCCUCCAGAGGAAGCGAGCUAGAAUCACUGACAAGAAGAAGAGGAUUGCCAAGAAGAAGUCUGAGGCUGCUGAGUACCAGAAGCUUCUUGCCCAGAGGCUCAAGGAGCAGAGGGAGCGCCGAAGCGAGAGCUUGGCGAAGAGGAGGUCUAAGCUUUCUGCGGCCGCCAAGGCUUCGGCUGCCACCUCUGCUUAAGAUUGUUCAGAGCAUGAGAGAUGUCUAAAUACCUACCUAAGCAGCUAAGCUAUAGUUGGA